AUGAAUGAAACUAAAUACAAGUUUUAUCCUUUAUUUGGAUUGGAGUUGAUAUUUAACAAAACAAGCCCUUUCUUGAUCUGCAAAGUGCUUGGCAGAGAGAAAGAACAAAAGAGAAUAAUAGAGCUAUUACUAAGAUCAACAGACGAGUCAGCAUCAGCAAGUGACAGCGGCAGUGGCUUCUCUGUCCUACCUCUUGUUGGAAUAGGAGGUGUCGGGAAGACUACUCUGGCUCAGCUUGUUUACAAACACGAAGAGAUUCAAAACCAUUUCGCCCUCAAGAUUUGGAUUUGUGUGUCCGACAAUUUUAAUGUGCAAAGACUCACCAAGGAGAUCAUUGAGUUUGUAACCGAGACUCAACAUUCUUCGCAAAUGAAGUUAGCUGUUCUCCAAAACAUUCUAAAAAAGGAAAUUGCAUCUAAGAGGAUUCUAUUAGUCCUCGACGAUGUAUGGAAUGAAGACGAGGAGUGGAGAAAAUUGUGUGCUCCAUUCCAGGAUGCUGCUGCAGGAAGUAAGGUCAUAGUGACAACUCGGAGCAAGAACAUUGCUGACAAAAUUGGUACAGUGGAGGCGAUUGUUCUUGGCGAUUUAGAUAAAAUAUCAUUUUGGGAGCUGUUCAAGAAAUGUGCAUUUGGUCCUUCCAAACCUGAGGAGCACCCAGAACUUGAGGAAAUCGGGAGAAUUAUAGCUUCGAAGUUGAGGGGCUUGCCAGUAGCAGCAAAAACAGUGGGAAACUUGUUAGGAUCCAACAUGAACCCACACUACUGGAGAAGAAUAAUGAAGAGCGAGGUAUGGGAAUUGCAACAGAAUAAAAAUGAUAUUAUUCCAGUCCUACAACUGAGUUAUCAAUAUCUUAGUGCACCUCUCAAGUGGUAUUUUGUCUUCGAUCUGUUCUCUCUUUCAAAAGAAUCACGAGUGUUUUGA